AUGGAAACUUUUGACAAUGAAAAAUGGAUUGAUCUUUAAGCCCAAAUAGAUGAUUAAAACUAAAUUAUUAAACACUAACAGGACGAGAUUAACUAAUACAAAUAAGUGAUAUCAAGUUAUAAAACAUAAAUAAAUCAAAUGGAGAACAGAAUGAAUUAAUUUACACAAGCAGAAGCGUUGCUCAGAGAUGCAAAUCAUAGAAAUGAUAUUUUGAUAGCAGAAAUCGAAAGAUUGAAUGUUAUCGUUUUUCAAUAAGGAAAUGAAGUAGAGGAAUGGAAAAACAAGGCACAACGAUUGGAUUUAGCUUUACAAGAAUACAAACAAUUCGAACUUAGCAAUAGAGAUAUGGUUCUUAAAGCAACCAGAUUGGCUGAGGAAGUUGAAAGAUUGAAAGACUUAUUAACAAAAAAAUAGCUUGACUACCAAUAACUCUAGAUAGAACUAAGUUAAACAUAAUAAGAAUUAGAAGAUGAAAGAAAUAAGGUUAAAUUACUCGAAGAUAGAUUAGCUGAAUUGGAAUCGGAAACCCCCACUGAAAAAGCUCUAAAAUAAAUUUUGAUUCAAAAAACAGAAAUCAUAAGAUUGCAGUAAAUUAUUUAAAGUUUGAAUAAUAAAAUUUAAUUAUAGCAAUAGGAAAUUGAUGAAUUAAAUACUAAAUACAAUAAUUAAUUAAGAGCCAAUGAUGAUUUGAGAACUUCAGCAGAAGCAAACGAAAAAAAAGCAAAGAAGGCUGAACUUGACCUUUAGAAGGCUUUGGAGGAGAUUGAAAAAUUAAAAAAAUAAUUAGCUGAUGCACAAAAUGCUAAACAAGCAGUUUAAGCAGCACCAUAAGGAGUUGAUUAAAAAAAGGUUGAUUAGAUGUAAGAUUUAAUUUAUAGUCUGUAAAAAUAAUUAAGAGAAACAGAAGAUAAUUUAUAAGAUACACUCAAUAAACUUCGAGAUGCUGAAAAUAGGAUUAAGCAAUUAGAAAGACAACUCAAAGAUCUGGAAGCAUAGAAUUAAUUGGCGUAGGAUAGGCUUAAAGCUUAAUAAUUAUUGUAAUCUUAAAUGAGCAAUGCUAAUAAUAAUAUUAAAUAGUAAUAAGUGAAUGCUUCAGACAUUAUUGCUGAUUAUGAAAGACAAAUUCAGGAAUUGUUAAAAGAAUUGGAGAAACUUAGAAAUGCUAAACCAUUUGAUGAUAGAAUGUUAAAAAGAUAAAUAUAAGAUUUGUAAUCAUUAAUAGUUCUUAUGUGUGCUGAAAUAGAAGCCUUAAGAGCUAAAAUUAGAUGA